GAGAAUAUUCGUCCAAUGUGUUACAUCAUGCAAACGAUUUCUUUUUCGUGAUAGCUAUCCAAAAAUGUGUAUUUAUGGAUAGAAUAUGUACUCAUUUUGAUGAAAAGCAAAAAUAAAUUCCUAAGGAUAUUCAUAAUCUUUAGACAAGGAAAUAAUUUCGAUUAACCGUUUUGUCCGUACAAUAUAAUUUUAUCAUGUUUAGCCUGCAGCUUAUUUCCGUUGCGCAUGCGUUGGAUGAGAAACGGCAUUGUCAAACUUACAUCACACGUGCUGGCAAGGGCAAAGAGAAGUUGAACGUUAGAGCAAGAACCAAAAAUGCUGCUUUCACCAAGAAUUACAUUGAGAUGUCUUGAAAAAGGAUGCAGGGUACAGAAUGCACGGAGUCUGCAUUCGCAGACAGUGAAAAACCAGAUAUCCUUGCUCACUUUAAAUGGAAAUCAUGCAGUGCAAAGGAGGAACAACUCUGGUAAAGUGAAAGGUCAGGUGAUUGGAAUAGAUCUUGGGACAACAAACUCCUGUGUGUCAAUUAUGGAAGGAAAGACCCCCAAAGUCCUUGAAAAUUCUGAGGGCUCCAGAACCACCCCCUCCGUGGUGGCUUUCACUAAAGAUGGAGAACGUCUGGUCGGUAUGCCUGCCAAACGUCAGGCUGUCACAAAUGCAGAUAACACAUUUUCUGCCACCAAACGUCUUAUCGGUAGACGCUUUGAAGACCCAGAAGUUCAGAAGGACAUGAAAACUGCAUCAUUUAAGAUUGCGAAGGCAACAAACGGAGAUGCUUGGGUGGAGGCUCAUGGGAAAAUGUACUCGCCCAGUCAGAUUGGUGCAUUUGUUCUCAUGAAAAUGAAGGAGACAGCAGAUAAUUACCUUGGACAGAAGGUGAAGAAUGCUGUCAUCACUGUUCCUGCGUAUUUCAAUGAUUCCCAGAGACAGGCCACAAAAGAUGCUGGACAGAUUUCAGGGCUGAAUGUUCUCCGGGUCAUUAACGAACCUACUGCUGCUGCUCUGGCUUACGGCAUGGAUAAAACCGAUGACAAAGUUAUCGCAGUAUAUGACUUGGGUGGUGGAACUUUUGAUAUCUCAAUCCUAGAGAUGCAGCGGGGAGUGUUUGAGGUGAAGUCCACCAAUGGUGACACAUUCUUGGGAGGGGAGGAUUUCGACAAUACUUUGGUCACUUUCCUGGCCAAUGAAUUCAAACGAGAUCAAGGAAUUGAUGUAACCAAAGACAACAUGGCCAUGCAGAGGUUGAGAGAAGCAGCUGAGAAAGCAAAAAUAGAGCUCUCCUCUAGCAUGCAGACGGACAUUAACUUGCCUUACUUGACGAUGGAUGCCAGUGGCCCUAAACACAUGAAUUUGAAACUGUCCAGAGCCAAGUUUGAAGGGAUUGUAGAAAGCCUGGUCAAACGCACGGUUGGACCAUGUCAGAAGGCAAUGAGUGACGCUGAAAUCAAAAAGUCUGAAAUUGGUGAUGUCAUUUUAGUCGGAGGAAUGACACGUAUGCCCAAGGUUCAGGCAUUGGUACAGGAGGUGUUUGGCAGAACUCCAGGAAAGUCAGUGAACCCCGAUGAGGCUGUUGCCAUGGGAGCUGCUAUACAGGGAGGUGUGUUGGCAGGGGACGUAACUGAUGUGUUAUUGUUGGACGUUACUCCACUUUCGUUGGGAAUCGAGACUCUGGGAGGCGUGUUCACAAAGCUCAUUGACAGAAACACAACUAUUCCCACAAAGAAAUCCCAAGUUUUCUCCACAGCAGCUGAUGGCCAGACAAGUGUAGAAAUCAAGGUCUGUCAGGGAGAAAGAGAGAUGGCCUCGGACAACAAACUCCUCGGACAGUUCAUGCUGGUUGGAAUCCCCCCAGCCCCUCGUGGUGUCCCACAGGUUGAAGUGACCUUUGACAUUGAUGCUAACGGCAUCGUGAAUGUUUCGGCUCGAGAUAAGGGAACAGGAAAAGAGCAACAAAUUGUGAUUCAGAGUUCUGGUGGACUCAGUAAAGAGGAGAUUGAAAACAUGGUCAAGAAUGCAGAGAGAUAUGCAGCUGAAGAUCAUGUCAGGAAGGAAAGAGUGGAGGCGGUGAAUCAGGCUGAUGCCAUAAUUCAUGACACAGAAUCCAAACUGGAGGAAUUCAAGAGUCAACUCCCAGAGGAAGAUGCUAAUAAACUGAGGGAGCAAAUUGUUGGAGUGAAAGAUUUAAUUGCAAGAAAGGACGAUGUAGAAGUGGAAGAACUAAAGCAGGCCACAUCCAGCAUGCAGCAGGCCUCCCUUAAACUGUUUGAAAUGGCAUACAAAAAGAUGUCUGCUGACAGGGAAAGUCAGGAUAGUUCCUCAUCUAGCAGUAGUUCAUCCGAAUCUUCAGACGACCAAGAAAAGAAGGAAGAAAAGAAAGAAGAAAAGAACUGAGUGAUCUAAAACAAACUGUGUGAGUGUGUGAAUGCAUAGAAUAAAUGUAAACACUGACAGGGGCCAGUGUUUGGGGUAUCACCCAAUGAGACAGGCCAACACCAGCGGUGUGAAGAUUGACCUCUCCAUGCUGCUGGGACAGAUCAACAUUGAAGUAUUUAUUCAUUUAUGACUGAGAGGUCAUCUGUUUAGCUCACUGAGAUGUCAUUUUGUCAUAGAAAACAAAGACUGGAAGCCAACAACAGACCAUUUAUCCUUGAUUGCAUCAUCAUUGCUAACAUAAUGAAAUGAAUUGUGUGAUUGAAAAUUGAAAUUUUCAAAGUGCAUUCAAAAUUUCAAGACCUGUAUCUUGUUUUGUUAUACAGUGGGAUUCUGUAUGUGCGUUAUUAGCAUGCAGUGCACUUCAGCAUUGUACUUGAUAAUCAUAUUUCAUUGUUUUGAGUUGAUCAUAGUAAAUUAAAAUAUUUUAUGUCACUUUUUGUGUAGAAAUUGUUUUAAAGAUGUACAGAUACAUGUAUAUGUGAUAUUAAAUUAAGUAUGAAACAAA